UUCUAAAAUCGAAACCUACCCCCCAUCACUAUUCCUCCUCCUCUUUUCCCCGCCGAGAGAGCGACGGUCCGCCGCCUUCUCCCUUCUCACCGCCGCCUUUCCAAUUGGAAUCACCGGCAGCUUAAAUUGAACCUGGGAGUAAUCGGAAACAAUGAUGGUUGAUAAGAAGCGAAAAUCGAGGAACGGAGCAACUGAAACUCGUAAGAAGAAGAAGACGAGCAACAAGAAAAAAAUUGAAUCGAAGGACAACAGAGUUCGGCGUGGGCCCCAUCUCCCGAACGCUAUUCGGAGGGAGGUCGACCGAUUUAGCCGCAGUGGCGAGGGAGAAUCCGCUUCAGAUGAUGAACAGGUUGAUUUUGAUGAUGGAGUUCGUAACGAUUUCUAUGAAUACGAAGAAGAUGUUCCGGAAGAGGAAACGAUGAAGAACAAGCGCUUUGACCCUGUUGAGAACUAUCAGUUUGAGCUUCCUGAAAAUUUUCAGGACGUCAAUGUCACAUCCGACGAAGACGACGAAGAUGAUAAUCUCGAAGGAGACGAUGAAGAUGAAACCGAAGAUGAGGGAAGGCAUGCCAGGAUGCUGGAAGAGAUUACUGGACUCCCCAGUGAUGCUUUUGGAGGUAAAAAGAAGAAAGAUUUCAUAAUAUCUGAGGCAUAUCCAGAAUCUGAAUACAAUCCUAGUGGUGAUAUUCUUGAUGGUGAUGGCCGGAUUAGUAUUGAGGAUCUUAUGGACCCACUGCAUGGUAAGACGGGGUUCAGCAAACUUAGGAAGAAUUUGCACCGUAUGGACAAGAAGUCUAUUCAUGCACCACUUCCCAAGACGGAUCAAGAUAGAAUCGAGCGAAAGGCUGCUUAUGAACAAUCUAAAAAGGAUAUUACCAAGUGGGAACCUGUCGUCAAGAGGAAUAGGGAGGCAUCUACUUUAUAUUUUGAUGAAGACGUGGACUUAGGAUUUUCAACUAUAGGUGCAAUUGCUUCUGGGUUUAGACCAAGAACUGAUUUCGAGAAAAAAAUUGCUUCUUUUGUCAACCAAAAUGAAGUUGUUGAUGCUCAUAAGAAUGAUGGCGCAAGGCUUCUUGAGCUGAACAAGAUAUCCGUUGAAGAAAUGAAGGAUAGACAGGAACGGCUUGCGAAAAUGCGUAGUUUUCUCUUUGCCCAUGAGAUGAAGGCAAAACGAAUUAAAAAGAUCAAGUCCAAAACCUACCAUCGGUUGCUAAAAAAAGACCGUAAAAAGGCGGCAGAAGCUGCAUUUCAAAUGGAUCCUGAAGCUGCCAAGGAACAAGCAAUGAAGCAAGAGUUCAAAAGGGCCGAGGAACGAAUGACCUUAAAACACAAAAACAGCUCUAAAUGGGCAAAGCGAAUCUUACAACGUGGUCUGCAAGUCCAAGAUGACGCAACCCGAGAAGCUUUUAACGAACAGCUUAAUCAACAUGCUGCUUUGACGAGAAAAAUGAAUUCUGUGAAAGAGAGCAGUGACAGUGAUGAGAGCAGUGACGAUGAUGACAGUGAUGACAUGUCAGCCGGUUCAGACCAGGAUAAGACAUCGAAAUUGCUAACAAAAGCCAAGGAGAAGACAAUGAAAGUAUUACAAGGGGAUGAAGAGUUGCCGAAGUCUGGAGUGCUUUCCUUACCUUUCAUGGUGCGUGGGUUGAAAAAGAGAAAAGAGGAGGCUGAUGAAGAAGCAAAGCGUGCCCUUGAAGAGUAUGACUCAUCAUUGACACAGUUGGAAGAUAAAAACAUGUCAGGAAGUUUUGACAAGGGUGCCUCGAGUGGUAGGAGGACUUUUGGUAUUCCCAAAAAGAUUGUUAGUGAAACGAGUAAGAAGCAAAAGUCGGAUAACUACUAUGGGAACAGUGAUAGUGAAGAUGAUUUCGAUGCCAAGGAAGAAGAUGUUACUGAACAUAAUCAGGAUUAUAAAUCUCUUAGAGAGGUGGAGGUUGACCCUAAUUUGCUUCGAGAAGAGUUUGGGAUGAGUCAAGACUCCGUGUUUAAGAGCUUUGAAGAUGCUGAAAACCCUGAGCCCAAGUCGACUUAUGAAGUUGCUUUCUUGGCUUCAAAUUCAUGGAAAAAGAUGAGACAGCCAUCAGAUACUAAUAAAAAGAAUGGAAGCAGCAACAGUAUUCUCCAGUCUGGAGUAACUAUAGAAACAGUGGAACACGAUCAGAAUACCGAGCAGGAAAGCGGUGAUGAUGAUGACGCUAGUGAUUCAGAUAGUGGUGGUGAAAUGGUGGAUGGAAUAUUAUCUUCUGGUCCUAAGUCUGCUGCUUAUGAGCUUCCAUCUCAAGCGGAACUUAUUCAACGUGCUUUUGCUGGAGAUGAUGUUGAGGAAGAGUUUGAGAAAGAUAAGGAAGCUGUCUUAGACGAGGAAAACCCGGAACCUGAAAAGCCUGUCUUACUUCCUGGCUGGGGUCAAUGGACUAACGUACAGAAAAAGAAAGGCUUACCAUCUUGGAUGGUGCAAGAACACGAAAUUGCCAAGAAUAAAAGGUUGGAAUCUUUAAAGAAGAGGAAGGAUGCACAUCUCAAUAAUGUCAUCAUUUCGGAGAAGUUGGAUCGAAAGGCUGAGAAACUACAUACAAAGACACUGCCUUAUCCUUUUACAUCUACGGAAGUUUUCGAACAAAGUAUCCGUAUGCCAAUUGGACCAGAAUUCAAUCCUGCAACUGCUGUUGGAGCUCUUAACCGCCCAGAGGUGGUGAAGAGAGCUGGUCUUAACAUCAAACCAAUUCAAUACGAGGAUAUGAGUGUCCGCGAGAGAGUGGAAGCUCGUAAGCGCGAUGCUCAGAAACAACGAAAUGGUAAAGAUAAAAGUCGAUCGAUGAAAAAGACCACUGCUAAGGUGUAAAAGCAAUAGGUGGUGUAAUUCUUUUCAACAAAUUUUGUAGACUAUAUUUAUAAUUUAUGUGACAAGAGUGCAUCCUUUAAAAUUAAUUUAUGUUUUUUUUCAUUUUUCCCA